UAUGCUCGCUCUCUUUCUUUCUCUGCUUCUUUUUCAGGAUCUGUGUUUUCCUUCAGACCUUUUAUAAUGUUGAGUAAUUUAUAGUUUUAUUUUUUCAUCCUUCUGUCAUGCUGAGAAGACUUUUUUCUCUUUAGCAGCUCAUUUUUCCUUUUGGAGAGGAAGUGGACGUCACCACCACUCCCUGAUGAGAAGAGCUUAUCUGCAUUAAGGACGGGGAGCUUCAGUCUCAACUGCUAAAGUUUUAACAGGAGUGCGGAGCCAGUUUUUGACAAGACGUAAAAUAUCUGAUAUGACCCAUUAAACAGAAUGAAAAGAUCGGUAAGCAAGCAGCAAGAAAACACAAGAGUAAACCAGCCUUGCUCAGCAUAUCUCCCAAAUCCUAGUCCAUACAUUGCUCUGCAAAAAAAAGUCAACUAAACUGCAUUUCAUGGAUUAUUAUUCAUCAGUUAUUUUGCAGUAAUGCUGAAAGGGCCUGGUGACGACUGGAGCCCAAUUGUGUUAUAUUCUGUUCACACACAGCAAGACACAGUCUCUUCCCUGAAACGCUUACAAUCUAAUCAUACAUUCCACUGUGAUAGCAGCAUUGAAAGGUCAGUUCUGAUCAGGUGGUUAUAAUUGUUUCAAACACUGUACUGAAUAGACUUAACUAGAUCUGUAGGAACCUUCUGCUCCCACACAAUCACACUUCUAUAUUUGCUAUAGCUGUAAUUUAAAACAGGCUUAUACUUCCUGAAAAACGGAUGUGUUGAUCUAUGAAGUAACGUUUGUCUUCACUUGUAAGACAGGGAGAUGGGAACAUAACAUUUAUGAUUCUACUGCUAUUGAGUUAUCGCUGCUCACUAUCCUCAUGAAGAUAAGUGUCAGAACAAAGAUCAGCUGUCAUGGAUUCCUCACAGAUGCCAAGAACAGGAAAAAAAAAUAAAAAUCAGAGUUUAAAGACAGAAAGCCCAUAUCACUGAAAAUAAUGAGUGAACUGCUUAAGGAUUUCCUGGUUGUAUGCCUGAAUGAGCAGAAAUCAUUCCAAAACUUCAGUCAUUCAGGCCAAGGGAAAGAUCUGAAAAUGACACAUGGUCAAGUGUUGACCCAAUAGGUCUGGCUAGACUCAAGGCUAAAUUUAAGCCUAUGAUGUUGAUUCUAGGUCAGGGGCAGGCAAACUUUUUGGCCUGAAGGCCACAUCAGGUUUCAGAAAUUGUAUGGAGGGCCGGUUAGGGGAGGCUGUGCCAGGCUGUGCCCCUGCCCCCUAUGUGCCCCCCCUUGCUUCUUGCCCCCUGACAGCCCCCCACCCCUGGGACUCCUGCCCCAUCCAACCCCCCGUUCCCUGAAGGGCCCCCCAGGACCCCAGCCCCAUCCACACACACCCAGCUCCCUGUCCCCUUGACCACCCCCAGAACUGCUGCCCCUGACUGCCCCCCACCCAGGGGCUGCUCUACCAAUUUUGCCGCCCCAAGCAGUCACCGCCGAAUUGCCGCCGCACCCGGAAGAGCAGCAGGGCUGCCGCCCAAAAGCUGCUCCGGGGAGAGCGGCAGAGCUGUCGCCAAAUUGCCGCCGCGGGACACGGACUGCCGCCCCAUUCGGAAUGCUGCCCCAAGCACCUGCUUGGAAAGCUGGUGCUUGGAGCUGGCCCUGCCCCAACCACCCCAUCCAACCCCCCCUCCUUCCUGACUGCCCCCCCAAACCCCUGCCUCCAUUCAACCUCCCCCCGUUGCCCACCCUCUGUAUGAGCCCAUGUAGCAUAUUCUUAAAAUUUAAAUAAUCUUAACAUUUAUUUGCUCAUCUUUUAUAAAAGAAUUUUAAAAGAAACGAGGUAAGGGACUUUGCCUUAAAGUUGAUUACAAAAGCUUCUGGCUCACAACCAAUUCAGAAUACUUUCCGAGUAUAAGUAACACCUUCAUAUCUUCCCAAAGGAGAUCCAUCCACAUUUGGUCUAAGUCAACAUCCUGUUUGGAAUAAGAUCUAUUAUAUUUUAAUGAUUUUUUCACACCAGGAGCAUUUAUCUAGUUGAAUUGUCAGUUACAUUUUUGGGUUCAUGAAAUAAUUAUUAGUUAUGUACUUCACAAAAACAAUUAAAGGCACAUUCCAUGAGUCAAACAAUCUAAAUUUGACAUUACACAAGACAGACAAUAACAAAAACAAAAACAGGCAGGUGUGAGGGGGAGAACAAGGAUAAAAUGAUAAGAUCAGAGGGUUACUCAGCAAGGCCAUGAUCCUGAAAUCAGAGCCAUGCAUAAAUAUUCUUGUGCCCAUGCAAACCCCCAUUGACUUCAGUUGGGCUCUGUACAGGCUCAGCAGUCCACCCAUGGGAAUAUGAUUACAGGAUUAUCACGCAAGGCAUAUGAACAUUAUGAUGAUUCAUUCUGCUGCUUUUUCGUCCCCUCACACCCCAACAGCAGAAGCACAUUUUUAAAGUUUAACAGAACAAUAAGGGGCUGGCCGGAACAACAGGCAGGAAGGAAAAGAAUCUCCCUAGACAGCCACCUCUCUGCCAACGCUCAAGAGCUAUUAAGGGAGAAUGCCAGAACUAUUAGCUUUGAUGAUUUUGCCUCUAUCUCCAGCCAACCUACAAAACUAUUUUUGACCAGUCAAGGACCCUAAUGCAGUAAGAGUCACGUGUUUCUAAUUUAGUAAGAGUCAAAUUUAGAGAAACAGAUCAGCCCGUUGUUUUGAAGGCCAUGCCACCCGAGAGUUGCAACUAGCUAAUCAUCAGGUUACACUCCAGCUCUGAAACCAACUUGACAAGAAAAUAAAUUGAGAAGGUUAUCCCCCAACUGACCCAUCAGCUUCAUGCCUCACUAAAAUCAUGGAGCUUCAGGGUUUAGCAGGCAACAGACAUUAACAGCUCUGUAGACAUCUUCAUGAUGUCUCAUCAAUUAUCAUUUCCUCCUUGCAGUCACAGACAAAGUUUCAGGAGAAAUUCCUGAACAGAUCUGCUAGUUUGUUUUCUUGCAAAGUGGCUUUUCCACAAAUAAAACUCUACAUCUGUUCUUUGUUCUAGGGCUAGAAACAGAAUAAAGAAACCUGGCCAAAGGUUAUUGGUCAGCUCAAUUGAUUGACCAGCUAGGAUUUACAUUAGUCAUCUGGUGGAACAUGUUUUAUUUUCACUGGCUCCUCAUGAAAAAAAGUGAUUUGUUUUCAGUUCUUUUACCACCUAAAUCUUCCAGUGAGUAAGCUAUGAGCCUCAGUCACUACAAAAGGUUUUUUUCUCCUGCUGAUAAUAGCUCACCUUAAUUGAUCCCUCUCAUUAUAGUGUGUAUGGCAACACCCAUUUUUUCCAUGUUCUGUGUGUGUGUGUGUGUGUGUAUAUCUUCCUACUGUAUUUUCCACUGGAUGCAUCUGAUGAAAUGGGUUUUAGCCCAUGAAAGCUUAUGCUCAGAUACAUUUGUUAGUCUCUAAGGUGCCACAAGUACUCCUCGUUGUUUUUGCUGAUACAGACUAACAUGGCUACCACUCUGAAACCUGAGUCUAGUCUCUGAAAUCUGAGUCUAGUCGGUUACACCACCAUAAAAAUCAGGAAUAUCAGUCUAAGAUAAGAUCUUCAGAAAUAAGAUCUUUAGCAGAGGCUGACGUAUUUAUCCUAGCUCUAAUGCAAAUGUGAAUGAAGUGAGUUAGCCCAUAUGCCAGGCAGGGAGGAGAUAUAUACACAUUACAAGGAGAGAGCAUAGCCUCGUAUGCUUAGGACAUGUGUGAGACCAGGGAGGCAGGGCUCCUUCACUCGCCAUUCCCAUCUUACUGGGAGGGUGUCCUUGGGCAAUGCAGUAAAAAGUAUUUCUCAUUGUCUAUCUGUAACUCUUAUCUUCUCACAGCCCCUUUUCCUGUUUGGUCUGCCAGCAACUGCUGCCUUUUGUCUAACUUUGACUACAAGCUAGGCAAGGCAGGACCCAAUCUUCAUCCUUAAACCGUUAUGCACAUCUAUGGCACUAUAUAAACAACAACAGUAACUCAUCUGAUCUCUCUAUGCCCCAGUUUUUCCAUCUGUAGCACAGGGAUGAUAACACCUAUCUCACAAAGUAUUAGGAGAUAUUACUAAUUCACUAACAUUAGUAACACACUUAGGCCUUGUCUACACUACGAAAUGAGGUCGAAUUUAUAGAAGUCGGUUUUGUAGAAAGUGUUUUUAUACAGUUGAUUGUGUGUGUCCCCACACAAAUGUUCUAAGUGCAUGUAGUCGGCGGAGUGCGUCCACAGUACCGAGGCAACCAUCGACUUCCGGAGCAUUGCUUUCCCACAGUUCCUGAAGUCUCCGCCACCCAUUGGAAUUCUGGGUAGAAAUCCCAGUGCCUGAUGGGGCUAAAACAUUGUCACAGGUAGUGCUAUGUACAUAUCGUCAGGCCCCCCUUACCUCCCUUCCUCCAUGAAAGCAACGGCAGACAAUCAUUUUGCAUCUUUUUUCUUGGGUUACCCGUGCAGAUGCCAUACCACGGCAAGCAUGGAGCCCGCUCAGCUAACCAUCACCGUAUGUCUCCUGGGUGCUGGCAGAUGCGGUACUGCAUUGCUACACAGCAGUAGCUUAUUGCCUUUUGGCAGCAGACAGUGCAGUAUGACUGGUAGCCGUCAUUGACGUAUUCCAGGGUACUCUUUUAACCAACCUCGAUGAGGUCAGGAGCGCCUGGGCAAACAUGGGAGUGACUCAGCCAGGUCAUUACCCUUUUAAGUUUCAUCUCAUGGCGAUUCAGUCCUUCCGGCAGUCAUACUGCACCAUCUUUUAAUCAGCAGCCAGGAGACGACGAUGGCCAGCAGUCAUACUGCACCGUCUUCUGCCGAGCACCCAGGAGAUGAUGAUGGCUAGCAGUCGUAUUGCACAGUCUGCUGCCAGCAAGAUGUAUAAAGAUAGAUGAGGUGGAUCAAAACAAGAAAUAGACCAGAUUUGUUCUGUAUUCAUUUUCUCCUCCCUCCCUCCAUGAAAUCAAUGGCCUGCUAAACCCAGUUUUGAGUUCUAUCCUUGAGGGGGCCAUUCUGUUUCUCGGAAAGCCACCCCCUUUGUUGAUUUUAAUUCCCUGUACGCCAACCCUGUAAGCCAUGUUGUCGGUUGCCCCUCCCUUCAUCAGAGCAAUGGCAAACAAUCGUUUCAUGCCCUUUUCCCUGGAUUGCCCGAGCAGGAGCAGACACCAUAGCACAGCAAGCAUGGAGGCCAUUCAGCUCACCACAGCAGUUAUGACCCUUGUAAACACCUCACGCAUUAUCGUGCAGUUCAUGCAGAACCAGCACCUGAAAAACCAGGCGAGGAGGCAACGGCAGCGUGGUGAUGAGGACAUGAACACACUUUUCUCUAAAACCGUGUUUCCCCCCCCCCCAAAUUUGGAGAUCAUUGUGUUAAUGGGGCAGGCUCAUGCCGUGGAACACCGAUUCUGGGCCCAGGAAACAAAUACAGACUGGUGGGACCGCAUAGUGUUGUGGGUCUGGGAUGAUUCCCAGUGGCUCCGAAACUUUUGCAUGUGUAAGGGCACUUUCAUGGAACUUUGUGACUUGCUUUCCCCUGCCCAGAAGCACAAGAAUACUAAGAUGAGAGCAGGCCCCACAGUUGAGAAGCGAGUGGCGAUAGCCCUGUGGAAGCUUGCAAAGCCAGACAGCUACCGGCCAGUCGAGAAUCAAUUUGGAGUGGGCAAAUCUACUGUGGGGGCUGCUGUGAUGCAAGUAGCCAAUGCGAUCACUGAGCUGCUGCUAUCAAGGGUAGUGACUCUGGGAAAUGUACACGUCAUAGUGGAUGGCUUUGCUGCAAUGGGAUUCCCUAACUGUGAUGGGGCUAUAGACGGAACGCAUAUCCCUAUCUUGGGACCAGACCACCAGGGCAGCCAGUACAUAAACUGCAAGGGGUACUUUUCAAUGGUUCUGCAAGCACUGGUGGAUCACAAGGGAUGUUUCGCCAACAUCAACGUGGGAUGGCCAGGAAAGGUUCAUGACGCUCACGUCUUCAGAAACUCUAGUCUGUUUAAAUGGCUGCAGGAAGGGAUUUACUUCCCAGACCAGAAAAUAACCAUUGGGGAUGUUGAAAAGCCUAUAGUUAUCCUUGCGGACCCAGCCUACCCCUUAACGCCCUGGCUCAUGAAGCCGUACACAGGCACCCUGGACAGUAGUAAGGAGCUGUUCAACUAUAGGCUGAGCAAGUGCAGAAUGGUGGUAGAGUGUGCAUUUGGACGUUUAAAGGGUCGCUGGUGCAGUUUACUGACUCACCUCAGACCUCAGCGAAACCAAUAUUCCUAUUGUUAUUGCUGCUUGCUGUGUGGUCCACAAUCUCUGUGAGAGUAAGGGGGAGACAUUUAUGGUGGGGUGGGAGGUUGAUGCAAAUUGCCUGGCCGCUGAAUACGCGCAGCCAGACACCAGGGUGGUUAGAAGAGCACAGCAGGAAGCACUGCACAUCACAGAAGCUUUGAAAACCAGUUUCAUGACUGGCCAGGGUACUGUGUGACACUUCUGUUUGUUUCUCCUUGAUGAAAACCCACCCCCUUGUUUGCCUCUAAAUUCCCUGUAAGCCACCUGCCCUCCCCACUUCGAUCGCAGCUUGCUUGCAAAGGAAAUAA